AUGCCCUACGCAUUGACGCGAAUGGUGCGAAGAACACACAAAGCUCGAGCGGCCUUUGUUCUCGCAGCCUGCGGUGCCUGCAUUCUCCGUUACCGGAACUUUGUCCCCGCACCGGUGGUGCACCAGGAUUCCUCCGUCCGUCCCGCAGCUGCCGCAUGCGGCACCGCCCUUGGUGCGAGCUGCGCGGCAGUUGCUGAGGCAGCCGGCGCUCAGGCGCUUCCUGCAGCGCCCAGUGGCAUCAACCAGUUGCCUGAGACUCAGCAGGCAGUCGUGGUGGCCACGCUUCUCCUCGGCCUCGCUGCGGGCACUUGGGCCCUGGUGAACCCGAUCUUCGGCGCUUUGCAAGGAACUCUCCCAGAGGGCUGGUUCAAGACCUGGCGCAAGACGUGGCCAAUCUUGGGUGCCUUCUACAUGGCCGCAGGCGUCGCCCACUUCACUGCAGCGGAUGCUUUUGAAGCCAUCUAUCCACCUCAAGGUACGUGGGGUUUCUGGUACCUGCCCGGCAGCGCGGCGUUCCACGUAGCCUGGACAGGUGUCGCAGAGAUUGCCGGUGGUUCUGGCCUCUUCCUGGGCUCACUGUUCCUUGGCCUCGCAGGGGCCUUCAACUGGGAGUUGCCUCCGGCGCUUCGCUCCCUUCCUGCGCUCUCAGCCUUGGGCUUGUUCACACUGACAUGGGCGGUGACACCAGCGAAUAUCUACAUGUUCACCCACGGAGCUCAGAUGACAGGCCUCACGCCCGGCGACCAGCCCAUCCCUGUGGAGUUCCAUGCGGUCAGGGGCCUGCUUCAGGUGGUGCUGCUGGGAAUCCUUUGGGGCUACUAUCGUGCUGCCCAGGCGGAGGAAGCUCAAGAAGCGUGA